AUGAACGAGUAUGAGUACAUUUAUAUGAAGAAGCGGAAGGACUUUGGCCGAUACUGCAAUUUCGACACUGUCGAGGCAAAGAUCCUGGGACAGGUGGACCAGCAGCCGCAAUGUGGCGACAUGUACGUAGAGCAGACCAUCAUCAACGCGGUCUUUCACAACAUUCCGGAAUUCUCGGAGCACUCUGUGAACACGGCCCGCGUCAAGACCUUUGCAAGGGUGAUGACGCACGUGGAAGGUGGCUGGCCAAAGGAGAUUGACUAUAGCGAGGCACAGGAUACGUUGAAGUACCGCAAGCGGCUGGAGAAGGACCCGGCCUACAUCAGCGCCGUGAGGCAGCUCACGAAGCAAACUGUGCCAUGCCUAGAGAUGAACAACACCAUCGACUUGUUUCAGAUCUAUUUUCAGGAUGAGGAGCCGGACCACAUGCCGGAGAUUCUCAACCUGAAGACGAUCGCGCUCUUCAAGGACCCCUCGGAUGAAGCACGGAGUGUCACAAAGAUUGGUUGGCACCCCGAAGGCCCUACCAAGUUGGUGGGCUCGUACUCGAAUCUUCGAUUCCAGCGUAUGUCUGAGGAUAUGCCCAUGGCAUCGUACAUCUGGGAUAUCUCAGAACGCAAUGAUCCGCUGAUGGAGCUGCGGGCAAUGUCCCCGCUUAUUUGCUGCCAGUACAAUCAGAAGAAUGCGGACUGGCUCCUGGGUGGUAGCUACAAUGGGCUCAUCAAUCACUACGAUCUGCGCAAGGGCCCCUCACCGUGCAUGAAGUCCUCAGUGGAGGUGGGCCACUACGAUCCAGUUUAUGACGUAGUUUGGCUCCAGAGCAAGACCGGCACGGAGUGUGCCUCCGUUUCCUCAGACGGCCGCCUGCUUUUCUGGGACGUGCGAAAGUUGAGCGAGGUACAGGACGAGUGCGUGCUCAACGAUGGGAACAAGGAGCACCCAAAGACAUUAGGCGGCGUCUCCCUGGAAUGGAUGCAGGAAGCCGGGCCGACGAAAUUCUUGGUUGGCUCCGAGCACGGUAUCAUUUUGUCCUGCACGAAACGACCGAAGAAACAGGUGGAAAUCGGAACCUGGUUCGGGUCAGAGGACCGCGGCGGCUACGGCAAGCAUUUCGGCCCAGUGUAUGCUGUGAAGCGCAAUCCCUUCCAUGUGAAGUUCUUCCUCAGCGUGGGCGACUGGUGCGGCAAGAUGUGGAUGGAAGAGCUCAAAGGCCCAAUGCUCCAGACGCCAUACUACCCGGCCUUCAUUAGUGCAGCGGGUUGGAGCCCAACUCGGGCUGGCGUUUUCUUCCUUGCACGUCAAGACGGUCGCCUAGACGUGUGGGACUACUUCUACCGAAUGAAUGAGGUGGCCCUCACACAGCAAGUCUCCGAUCGCGCACUUACGUCUCUCAACAUCCAAUCACAGGGGCGAUUGGCAGCCGUCGGAGAUGCGGGAGGUGUCAUCACCUUGCUGCAGCUUUGCGAUGGUCUCGUCGACCCAGGCCCCAACGAGAAGAACUUGAUUGGCAUGAUGCUGGAUCGUGAAACCAAGCGCGAGAAGAGCUUAGACCAGAUCAAGAAACAGGGAGGCGUCGCGAAGAAGGACGACAAGGACGGAGCCGGAGGCAUGACCAUCGACAAGACGAAAUACCAGGAACGGGAGAAGGCAUUCUUCACCGAGCUUAACAUGACCGGCGAAGACCUAGGAACCACGCUUCCAGCACGCUAA